AUAUCCAGGUUUAUACUUCUAAAAAUCCAACAUGGUGUACCAAAAAGAUGGAAGAAAGAUACCAGACUGCAACAAAGCAAGAUCUACAGCAAGUGCUUCAAACAUCAAGUGCUACAUUAAAAUUUUUAAUAACUCAUAAUGCAGCUGCUUUUCAAGAAACCUUUGAAAUGCUUAUCAGACUGGCUGAGAAUUACACAAGCACACUUCUCUGCAAUGCAUAUAGAAACAUGGCUGCUGAGGCUCCUACAUGUGUUCCGGAGUUUUUCACAGAUGUUGGACUCUUCAUAUUUGGCACAGACGUUAGCACAGAGAAAUUUGUCAAGAGAUUUUCCGACACCCUGUUCCCAGUAGUCUACAACCAUGUGAUUAACCCUGGUCUGACUGAUAUUUCACUGGAAUAUGCGGAGUGCCUCCACGGUAAUGUUUCCAAAAAGGCCAUAGGACAAAUGGGAAGAUCACUGUUACCCAGCCGAACUUUCUUGCAGGCUCUGAAUUUGGGGAUUGAAGUGAUCAAUACAACAGAUCAUCUGCAUUUCUCUAAAGACUGCGGCAGAGCUUUACUGAGAAUGCGGUACUGCCCUCAUUGCCAAGGGCUGACUCUAGGUAAGCCCUGUAUGGGCUACUGCCUCAACGUCAUCCGAGGCUGCUUAGCUGACAUGGCAGAAGUUGAUCUUCAUUGGCGAGGAUAUAUUCAGUCACUGGAGGAGCUCUCAAGUGCCAUGAGUGGAACAUACGACACUGAGCACAUGCUUCUAAACUUCCAUUCACUUCUUAAUGACGCUCUCGUAUAGGCUCACAUCAAUGGACCAGGAUUGUCUGAGCAGGUGAACAAGGUAUGUGGUCCUCCUGUGAGGAAGCCUACACAGUCUCCAGGUCGCUCCUUUGAUCAGAACAAAGAUAAUCAAGGGUUGAAGAUGUUCUCAAGAGACAGUGAAGAAACCCUUGCCAACAGAAGAAAAGAAUUUAUCAGCCACCUCCGGCUCUACGGAGCCUUUUACGGCGGCCUGGCUGAUCAGCUGUGCAGUAAUGAGUUGGCAGCUGCCAAUGGACUCCCGUGUUGGAACGGAGAAGAUGUUGUAAGAAGCUAUACUCAUCAUGUGGUUGGCAGUGGAAUCAAAGCUCAGUCUGCAAAUCCAGAAGUAAAAGUGAAGGGAGCAGAUCCUGUAAUAAGUCAAAUUAUUGACAAGCUGAAACAUGUUAUUCAGCUGUUGCAGGGCAAAUAAUUUCCUAAAUAUGAUAAAUGGGAUCUGCAACAAACAGGCAGUGGUGGAGUUGUAGAUGAACAUACCAGUGGAGAUUGUGAUGACGAAGUUGGUUGCGAAGGAUCAGGAAGUGGAGAAGUCAAAAGAGUCCUGAAAAUUAGACUCACAGAUUCAGGGAUGCCAGACAAGACGAACCUCAGUGACGUAAAGCAAAUCCAUCAAACCAACGAUGGCAGCACUUUAGACACAACUGGAGCAGGAUGUACAACAAUGGCUGAUUAGAUGACAUUUAUGCUGAUUAGUUUGGUAACACUAUUUCUCAGUCUUUGGUAA